UCGUUUUACAGGGCAUAACACAUGUUUUGUAUUAUUGAUCAAUUUCAGGAUAUGAAUUAACAGAAAACCAACGAAAAUACCGACAUAAACGAUAUGGCUGAGGGUGGAGUAGUGACGGACAGCAAUGAGCAACAAAGUGGACCAGACACCGCCCCGAUAACUUUUAAAGAUUUGAUUCCAGACGCAGGGGUACCACGACUCCCAGACGCACCUUUUGGCCUUGGCAAGAGACGGACCCUGAGUGACCUACAAAGGAAGGAGUAUGUGUUUUUGGUACUGGCUGCCCUGUCUCUGACAGCCACACUCGUACUGACCAUAUGGAAGCUUGCUACUUUAUCUAAAACUUCCAAUGAUUUCUCUUUUGCCUUAGUGUUACUUCUAAGUACACUAUUUUGUGUAUGGUACGUGGUAGAAGGUGUGUGGAUGGAGAGGCCUUAUGAAAUCUUUGUUCUGUCACUGUCUACCUGUAUUGUCUGGUUGUAUAUUAUCCUGAACUUUGCCCUUGGUAAAAGGGAUGUUGUCAAAAUGGUCCGACUUAUUGUUACUUCAGUGCUCAGCCCUUUUAUCAUAGUGUUCGCCAUCCUUAUAGCCAAACACUACUUUGAUUCCGGACGUUUGAUUUUCCGCACUGUGGGAGCUCAGAGUUUGAUGCAACGAAUGUGUUGGACUUUGUUUGGCUUCUUUGGAUGGUUAAAAUUUGAUCUACAGCUUAGUCUCUCCAUGGUGAUUCUGAUCUUGACCACUGGUCAGACGCUUCAUGAGCUGGAACUGGUCAUAAUCAUUGUUGGCAUUAUUGUCGUCUUGGGAUGUGCUGUGCUUGGAUAUCUUGGGGUGCGGAAUGAAAACCAGAUUUUAUCUAUCAUAUUUUCCUGUACCCUUAUCCUUCAGCCAAGCUACAUUAUCUACAAAAUUGUAGAGUCAGUCUCUAAGUUCAGUCCGUCCACAGAUAACCUUGCUUUGCCCACCAUUGUUUGUGGUACAGUUGCAUUAUUUACCAGAUGUGUCAUGAUCACCUACUUUGUAAAGUCAUGGCUGAAUUACGGAAAAGGAUUGAAACAAAAAGUAUUUGCUGGAAAUCAAACAGACGAGGAAGUCAACCGAAACAAUGAAACUGUACAAGCUUAAGCAAUGGUGGAUGAAAAAAAAAAGUUGCUUGACUUAUCAAACUGUCUGCAUUCCAAUUAAUCAGAAUUUUUUUUUUUUUUUUUUUAAUUUUUGAGGGAAGUCGUUGUGCUCAAACGAUAAACAGUAAUUAUUACAGGUACAAAGUCCCUCAUCGGUACACAGCUGUUGCCUGUUGUACAGAAGUAUAUGGUUUCUGUAUUUUACUACAAGUUAGCGUUUCUUUGUUAAGUUUUAUCCUGUGUUAUAUUUUUAAUCUGUUGAAUGUCUGUGAUUGUGCUAAUUUGAUUUUGGAACUGAUCAUGAAGACCAAAUGGCAGCCACCAUCUGGGAUGUAACAGUUAAAGAUUAAUAUUACCAUUUCAUAUUGUGAUUUUAAAUUUUCUACAACAAAUAGAAAAUACCAAGAAAAGACCUCAAGAGAAAUUAUCAAUCUCGUUAAGACCAAAUAAAGCGCAAACAAUGAUGGGCACCAAAAUUUCUUUGGGGUCUAUUUUUGGUAUGACUAACAGUUGAAAAUUUAAAUUGUAUCAGAAUUUCUAUGUCUUUGCCAUGAAAUAGCAGGGACAUAUAGUGUUGUCCCUGACUAUCAUUCCAUGACGAUUUUAGAUCCCACUGAUUUAUCCCAAUGGAUGGAGAUAUUGAAUUAUAAAUUGUAAUUUUAUUAUCUGAUCCUUUAAUUUAUAUGUUGAUGUGUUUUGUUUUAAUCAAGAUUUUUCUUACUGUUUGCUUCAAUUCAUGAUAUGGUUAUACGUUUAUAUACAGAAUUCUUGCAAUUAUUGAAGUUUAAAUAAUUUCCAGUUAUACGUUUUUAUCUAUCAUAUAUAAAUGUACAGGGUGCUUUUGAAAUGAGAUUUGACAUUGUUAGACCAGGCAUUUUAAAGUUAUUAUUUAACUUUUUACUCCGUUUAAGGGUAACAGCAUUUUGUUUUACAAAACCAUAAUGAAAAAAUAUAUGCGGCCAUUUAUAUAUGGUUUUUAACAAUUCCAAAUCUCUUCAGUUACUUAUAACAGCAAAGACCUACAAAUCAGGUCUUUGUUGGAUAUCAGUGAAAUGAUGUCAUAAUCAGUUGUUAAAUUACUCAAAUAUAGAAGAAUAUCAUGUGACCUUGCUUUGACUGCAUCAUAUGGACAGAGAAUGUCUCAUAUAUGUUUAACAUUGGGACAAUUCAUUUUCAGACGUAUUCUGUGUUAGAACAUAUUAAAGUUAAGGCAUUAAUCCUACUGUUUACAAAAAGAGACUUCACAGAUCAUAUUUUUUUUUACCGAGAGUCAUGAGCUAUUUUAAAGCUCUAAUAUAAGUUAAUGAGGUAUUCGAAAAUGCCUGCAAUCACACACUUUGCUUUUUAGCCCAUUAUCAUAUCAGAUGGUGUAUACAAAAUUGCUCUACUAACUUGUCCAUCGUCGGUUCAUAUACAGUUUUUGUUAUUGCUAUUUCUUGAGAAGUACCAGAUGGAUCUUUUCUCAAAUUUCAUAUUUAUGUUCUCCUUGAACCCUAUUUUUGACCAUUUGAUUUUGGGUCUGAUCAGAAACACAAAAUGGCUGACAGGUGACCAUCAUGAAUUUUGACUUUGGAAGUUUGUUAUCUCUGUUUCUUGAGAACUACAGCAUAAAAAUAAAAAUUUGUUUAGGACCAAAUCUUGGAUCUGGCAAUUGAAAAUUAUUAUCGCUAUUUCUGCAAAGGAAUGUUCAAAUUUAUUAUCAUUACGAGCAGAAACAGAAAAAAGGGAAAACAAGAAGGGACAAGAUUGAACUUUCCAAGAGCAAAUAUAGAUCAAACAAUUAUGGGCUGCAAGAUCCCUCGGGGAGCUCUUGUUGAACAACAGUUUGAAAAAUUUGAUUUGUGUUUUUGAGAAAUUUUUUAAAAUGUGUCCUAUGUCCUUUAAGGUCACUAAAAGCUGUCAACUUUAUUUUGAAAUCUUUUGUUUAGAUCGCCACCUAAUCGUUGAUAUUUUUCUUUAAUCUUUUCGAUUAGUAGACUCUCCUCCACUU